UUGUCCUUUUUUCCCUGUCAUUUUAGUACCAUUAAAUGAAAACAUAUUACCAAAUUUUUGGUAUUUUUAAUCGUAAUCAUUCUUCAGUUUUUGUGAGCUUAUUAACGGAGCAUGCAAAGCGGCAGAAACCAGCAGCGGCCAUUAAAAGCCGGCCUUCCCACGCCUUAUAUAGAACACAACACAAACAUCGCUCUUUCCCUCGUUUUCUCAGAUUCCCCCACUAUUUUCUCUCGCACAAACACCCCCUAAAUCCCCGCCAAUACACACACCUUCGUCAACCACCGGCAUCCUUCACUUCUCUUCUUUCCAUAUAAUAUCGCAACGGCCAUGCACUGUACCAAGUUCCAAAAAUCCAACAUCAACAAGGAAUCUCAUGAUAGAAUAAACAAAGGAAACAAGCUUUUCUUAUGUUUUAGACCGGUGGUCAUGGAUGGCUCAGGCUCUGUUAAUGGUAGCAGGGGAAAUUCAAAUUCCUUUGUCAAGUACAUUGAGAUGAACCAUAAAGAUGGAGUGGUUUUUCCACGGAUGUACCCUGCUUUAUCAUCAUCACCAAAAUCACCCUUCUUACCAACAAUGGAGAAAGAUGCCGCUGGUCACCGGAAAAAGAAAACUAAGAGGAAGUUCUUGCGUGCUGUUAAGGCUGUACUCUUCGAGACAACACUGGCUAAAAGGAUCAAGAAAAAAGCGUUUCCAGGGAAGACGAAGCAGUCUAAAGGCGAUCCAUCGGCAAAAGCUGAAAAGAAUUUGAUGGGAAGCUCAUCAUUUCAAAGUCUUUCCAGGAAAAAUGACGGAACAAAUGUUACUUUUGCUCCUAUUAUGAAUUCGUCUGCCAGGACUUCACGUAAUUCAUCACUGAAUUCCACGAUUUCAAAGUCUGACAGGAGACUUCCAUUUGAAUCAUAUAAUAAUUCAAUGGAAACCAAAAAGAAUCUGGACAUGAAGCAAGAGAAAUUUGGAAAAGGGCAUUAUAGUUCUAAUGCAGGGUUGUUCUUGCUUCUGGUGACUCUCUUGGUUCUGGUCUUCUGGGGUAAGGUAUAUGCUAUUUUGUGCACUUCGACUUGGCUUUUCUUUGUUCCAAACUGGAAUUCUGGAAAGAAAUUACUGAAAAAUAAGGCUAAUUCAGGAUCAAUGGAUUUAGACGAGUACAAGAAGAAGAUCGUUAUGGAAGGGAUACUGGACAGGGACCGCAGCCGUGCUCCAUAGCCCCUUGUGAGUUGAGACAAGCUUCUUUAGUAGUGGAUUUUCAUCUGCCCAAAAGGUUUGAGAGGUUCAAAUAAUACAAGUGUAUAUAGUUAUAACUAUUCAUGCAGGUUUUUAAUUUUUGGGAUACAAGGCUAGCUAGUUGCAGGCUUGCAGUAAUGCAAGCUAAAGCCUCAUUGCUUUUGUAAUUUUUUUUUUCUUGUUUUCCUACAAUUUCGUGGUGGCAUCAAUUUUCACAAUAAAAUGUGCAAGUAAGCAAAGAAAAUUAUAUAAGCUUUUAUUUUACAAUUUAAAGAUUAUUGCCAUCUAUAUCUCUU